GCUCCUGAAAGCGCGAUGCUACCAAUCCCUCCUCAGGAAGAGCCCUGGGACCAAGACAUGGAGGUGUUCGGUGGCGGCGGCGGCGGCACGAACAGUGGCGAGGUAAAUGGUCUUAAAAUGGUUGAUGAGCCAAUGGACGAGGGAGAAGCAGAUUCUUGCGAUGAUGAAGGUGUUGUUAAAGAAAUCCCUAUCAUUCAUCAUGUUAAGGAAGGUUAUGAGAAAGCAGAUCCUGCACAAUUUGAGUUGCUCAAGGUUCUUGGUCAGGGAUCAUUUGGAAAGGUGUUUCUGGUUAGAAAGAAGACUGGACCUGAUGCUGGGCAGCUCUAUGCAAUGAAGGUGUUAAAAAAAGCUUCUUUAAAAGUUCGAGACCGAGUUCGGACAAAGAUGGAGAGGGAUAUACUGGUGGAAGUAAAUCAUCCAUUUAUUGUCAAACUGCACUAUGCUUUUCAGACUGAAGGGAAGCUGUAUUUAAUAUUGGAUUUUCUCAGGGGAGGAGAUGUCUUUACAAGAUUAUCCAAAGAGGUUCUGUUUACAGAGGAAGAUGUGAAAUUUUACCUCGCAGAACUGGCCCUUGCUUUGGAUCAUCUGCAUCAAUUAGGAAUUGUAUAUAGAGACCUGAAGCCAGAAAACAUUUUGCUUGAUGAAAUAGGACAUAUCAAGUUAACAGACUUUGGACUCAGCAAGGAGUCAGUAGAUCAGGAAAAGAAGGCCUACUCAUUUUGUGGUACAGUAGAGUAUAUGGCUCCUGAAGUAGUAAAUAGGCGAGGCCAUUCACAGAGUGCUGAUUGGUGGUCAUAUGGUGUACUUAUGUUUGAAAUGCUUACUGGUACUCUGCCAUUUCAAGGUAAAGACAGAAAUGAGACCAUGAAUAUGAUAUUAAAAGCAAAACUUGGAAUGCCUCAGUUUCUUAGUGCUGAAGCACAGAGUCUUCUAAGGAUGUUAUUCAAAAGAAAUCCAUCAAAUAGAUUGGGUUCAGAAGGAGUUGAGGAAAUUAAAAGACAUCUUUUUUUUGCAAAUAUUGACUGGAAUAAAUUAUAUAAAAGAGAAGUUCAACCACCUUUCAAACCUGCUUCUGGAAAACCAGAUGAUACUUUUUGUUUUGAUCCUGAAUUUACUGCAAAAACACCCAAAGAUUCUCCUGGUUUGCCAGCUAGUGCAAAUGCUCAUCAGCUUUUCAAAGGAUUUAGCUUUGUUGCAACUUCUAUUGCCGAAGAAUAUAAAAUCACUCCAAUCACAAGUGCAAAUGUAUUGCCAGUUGUUCAGAUAAAUGGAAAUGCUGCACAAUUUGGUGAAAUAUAUGAAUUGAAAGAGGAUAUUGGUGUUGGCUCUUAUUCUGUUUGCAAGCGAUGUAUACACACAACUACCAACUUGGAAUUUGCGGUGAAGAUCAUUGACAAAAGUAAGCGAGACCCCUCAGAAGAAAUUGAAAUUUUGAUGCGCUAUGGACAGCAUCCCAACAUUAUUACUUUAAAGGAUGUCUUUGAUGAUGGUAGAUAUGUUUACCUUGUUACGGAUUUGAUGAAAGGAGGAGAACUACUGGACCGUAUUCUCAAGCAAAAAUGUUUCUCAGAACAGGAAGCUAGUGAUGUACUGUAUGUAAUAACUAAGACAGUUGAUUAUCUUCAUUGUCAAGGAGUUGUUCAUCGUGACCUUAAACCUAGUAAUAUUUUAUACAUGGAUGAAUCAGCGGAUGCAGAUUCAAUUAGGAUCUGUGAUUUUGGGUUUGCAAAACAGCUUCGAGGAGAAAAUGGACUUCUCUUAACUCCCUGCUACACUGCAAACUUUGUAGCGCCUGAGGUUCUUAUGCAGCAGGGAUAUGAUGCUGCUUGUGAUAUUUGGAGUUUAGGAGUCCUUUUUUACACGAUGUUGGCUGGCUACACUCCAUUUGCUAAUGGCCCCAAUGAUACUCCUGAAGAGAUACUGCUUCGUAUAGGCAAUGGCAAGUUCUCUUUGAGUGGUGGAAACUGGGAUAAUAUUUCAGAUGGAGCAAAGGAUUUGCUUUCCCAUAUGCUUCAUAUGGACCCUCAUCAGAGAUACACUACUGAACAAGUAUUAAAGCACUCAUGGAUAACCCACAGGGAUCAGCUGCCGAAUGAUCAGCCAAAUAGAAAUGAUUCAUCACACAUUGUUAAGGAAGAAGUUGUUGCCACAUAUUCUGCCCUGACUCACAAGACUUUUCAACCAGUCCUAGAGCCUGUAGCUGCUUCAAGCUUAGCUCAGCGACGGAGCAUGAAAAAGCGAACAUCAACUGGCUUGUAAGAUUUGCAGUGUUCCUCAGCUAAACAGGAUGAAGAGAAAAUUAAACAUGUGGCUUUUUGCCUAAUCUUAUAUCAAUAGCGUUGUUUUCUGCUAUAUUACUUGAAUAUUCUGUUUAGACCCUUUUUUUAAGGGGAGUGAAGUAAAAAAAAAAAAAAACAGGUCCACAAUAUUCAUACUAUGUUGUUUGUAGUCAUGUCCAAGUGUUUGUAUCAGGAAAUAAUUGUAAUCCACAGGUCUUAAAAACUUCUCUGCACAUACAUGUCUAAAAUUCUUUUCAAGUAAAAUUAUUCUUAGUUUUA